CAUUGCAUUAUAUAUUGCACAUUGUACAUUAAUAAAUUAACAAUUUAUUUAUUUAUAAAAUAAUUGAAGUUAGAAAUAUAUAUUUAUUUAAUUUUCUUCUCUUAAAUAUAUACUUAGUAAAUAAAAUUUUAUAAUAAUUUAUUGUAUGUCUAUCUUUCUAAAAUGAUUCUAUCUUUAUAAAAUAAAAAAAUUUUUAAUAAAAUGAUAUUAUAUAUAUGUUUUAUAUUUUUAUUUUUAUAUUAUGCGUUAAUGUAUUCUUAUUAAAUAAAAUUAUUUUUUUAAAUCAAUUUUUUGGAUCAAUUUGAGUAUAAAUAUAUUAAAAUUAAAUAAUUGAAAAUUAAUAUAUUUUUAUCAUUUUAAAAAUAAAAUUAGAAUAGUAAUAAAAUAUUAAAGAAUUUUAAACUUUUUGAAAAUGGAAAUAUUCAUACAAAAUAGUUCCAAAGUUAAUAAUUUAUUUAAAUGAAUAAGAUAUAAUUGAUAAAAAUGAUUAAAUUUUAAAGAAUGAAAGAAAAUACUAUAAAUAAUGAUGGAAAAACGAAUUUCGUUGUGAAAAUGAUCACAGUAUAUAAUGAUCUUAAGCCAGAUUUUAUUAUUAAGUCGAGCUAUGUAAAUAAUUAACGGUUCUAUUGUAGUUUAUUAUUAGAAAUGGAUAUACAGAUAUUUUUUUAAGCAAUAGACAAACGUUGCUCUUUUUAUAAAUAAUCAAUAGUCAAUUUUAUGUUAAAGAUAAUCCUUUUUUUAUUUUGUUUGCUAUUUGACUUUUUAUUUACCAUUUUUUAUUUGUUAAUAUUUAAGAAAUUUUCUUUUAUUUAUUUCUUUUAUCACGAAAGAAUUUUUGACAAAUGAUACAACUGUAAUAUUCAAUAGUAUAUUGAUUAUGCAAAUUUAUAUUUUUAUGAGCAUCUUGAAAUAUAUUAAAGAUUUUAGAAUUUUACCUCAUUUAUUAAAUAUUUAAUUUAUUUUGGAUAUUUUAUACAUUUUUGUACUUUAACUUUUAAAUAUAAUAAAUUUUUCUUCAAAUACAUAAAUAUUAUUAAUAUACUUACGCAAUAUUAUUUUAAUUAAUUAAUGUCGUGUACUUAUUAAAUUCAGAAAUUAUUAUAAUUAUUAAUAUUAAAUUAUUUUUGAAAUAUAUAAAAAAGAAAAAUGAUAAGACACAUUGAAAAUUUGAGGUAAUUCAGGUAUUCAGAAUACGCUAAUGUUUUCUGAUCUCAAAUAUCGGUCAGAUAUUUUUAGUAACCACGUGUUUUGAUCAUUCCGGUGCAUAAACCGGAAAUUUAUAUUACAUUUGAAAAAUACUUGACUGUUAAACAUUUUAUUUUUAAUAUUAAAGUGAUAAUUUUUUUUUAGAAAAUCGUUAAAAAACCAUAUUUACUUAAUACAUUUUAACAAGUUGUUUUAAUGGCAUUUUUCCAUAAUUUUUGCAAUACUUUUCUAUAAUAUAAAUUAAAUUAUCACAUUUAUGGUUCACGAUAAAAAAUAAACUUUACAACUUGUUAAACGAAAUUUUAUUUUUUGAAAACCGCAAAAAAAUUUUUUUUCAUCAAUGCAAAAAGCAAUAAUACAAAAAAUUAAACAAUAUGAUUGAUAUUAUCAUAUCACAUUCAUAUUUUUUUUAGCGCCAAGAAAUUAUUUACUAUCUCUUUUACUGCAAAUUUUUUUAAAUAAUAAAAGAGAAUAAUAAUUGAAAAUAUCAAUUAAUUGGAAAUAUAAAUUAAUAUUAAAUUUUUCUUUAAUCGAAACGACAAAAAAUUUAUUGAAAAGGGAACUAAAAAGAAUUUUCAAUCGAAAUCGAACUUUAAAAAAUGAAAUUAGUUAUUAAUCGAUUCAAUAAAUAAUUUAAAUACAAUUUUUAAAAAAUUUAUCACUUGCAAGAAUUAGAAAUGAAUAAAAGGAAAAAAAUAUAUCCAUGAUAUUUUCCAAUUUAUCCAUUACAAUACUUCGAUACAGAAAUUACUUAGAAAUAUUUAUUUCAUUAAUUUAUUUGUCAUAACGAAGACAGCAGGAAGAAAACGACAAACGUCAGAUAGAAAAUUAAUAACUUAGAAGGGAUUGGAGGACACUUCCGCAACGAUGGCCGCAAAAUGGUGACGGAAGAAAAUUUCUUCCAAGCGUCAGAUAUCGAGGAAGGAUUUUAACCGUGCAUAAUAACCACUUUCCUCCAUCCUUGACUCAUAUAUAUUUUUCCCCCGAAAAAAGUAUAUCUGCGAAAGCUGCGAAAAAGGGCCCAGCGGCCUCUUGACGGCUCUUACGAUCUCUCGGCAAACUGUUUUAGUCGAAACGUUGAAAGGGUUGCUAUUUUGAGGUGGCUCGCACUAAAUAUGGUCAGAUAGGCGUUGGCGUUGUACCCGGGCAAGGCACCCCUGCUCAAGCAACGGUGACGUAGUGGGGGAGAUGAAGCAAAGUUACUUAGACAAGUUCACUUCUAUGAUUCGGACAGUUGGUUCGUUCUGACCAUCUCGUACCAUCCUCUUACAAACCAACUGUAGACAUGGCGGAUAAAGAGAAGAAGAAGAAGACUAAAAAGAAGGAGGAGGCAGCGCCAGCACCUCCUCCACCAGAACCGGAACCGGAACCGGAAAAGCCACCAACCCCAGCACCAAGUACACCCAAAGAAUCUGGCUCAACUCGAGCAAGUAGUCGGGGUAGCCGCAAAGCUAAACGCGCUGGAUCCAGCGUGUUUUCUAUGUUUACUCAGAAACAAGUUGCCGAAUUUAAAGAGGCAUUCCAGCUUAUGGAUCAAGACAAGGAUGGUAUAAUUGGAAAGAACGAUCUUCGUGCCACUUUUGACAAUGUUGGCCGUCUGGUCACUGAUAAAGAGCUUGACGAUAUGCUAAACGAAGCUCCCGCUCCUAUCAACUUUACUCAGUUAUUGAAUCUGUUCGCAUCUCGCAUGUCGGGAUCAGGUCAGGAUGACGAUGAAACCGUAAUCGCUGCCUUCAGUACCUUUGAUGUCAAUGGUAAAAUUGAUGGUGAAAGGUUGAGGCACGCCUUGAUGACGUAUGGUGACAAAUUUACCGCGAAGGAGGUCAACGAUGCGUAUGAUAAUAUGUACAUUGAUGAUAAGGGAUUUAUCGACACGCAAAGUCUUAUUGCAAUGUUGACUGGACAGGAGGAGGAGGACGAGGAAUAAAUUUAAGUGACUCUCAGCAUUAACAAAUUUCUGUUAAAAUUCUGUUCACUGAAAACGAAGUCUCGUGUUAGCGUCAGAUCCGCUUGAUCCGUUUCCAAGACGAAAAUCAGAUUUAUUAGAAGUAAAAAUAUAUAUAUAUAUGUUUGUUAUAAAUAUUUUUCUUCUCAUUUGUCUCGCGAUAAUUUUUAAAGAAUGCUUAAAGAUUUGAUAAAAUAAACGCAAUAAGAAAUGGAUAGAUGAAUGAAUAGGUUCUUGGAAGUGGAAACAGCGCGUCUGCCGAAAAUCGAGGCUUUGAAUCUCCAUUAUAUUGUUCAUAUAAUAAAAUUAUUUUAAAACUUUACAA